AGCAGUAGAAACGUCAAAAUUUGAUUAAGUCGUAUUAGUCACUGUUUUGAUUAUAGAUCAAAUUUUUCAUUUUUUGGCCAGAUUCCCGAAUCUCCGACAGCAUAAUGGCCUCUAAUCUGCCGGAAGUUCCCGCAUCGUUGAAGGCCAUCGGACAUUAUCUGAAAACGGCUCAAGAGCACGACAGCCGCGAUCCCAUCGUCAGCUACUGGUGCAGGCUGUACGCUUUGCAGCUGGGAAUGAAAAUCAAUAGCCAGGGAACCGAAGAGAGGAAGUUUCUGAUCUAUGUCAUGGAUUGGUUGGAAACUACGAAGAAAACGAACGCUGACAACGAUUGCAUUAAUCACGAAGUAGCCGCGCAAGCAUAUCUGGAAAAUUAUGCGCUGAAGUUAUUUUUAUAUGCUGAUAAACAGGAUCGGGCUGGAAAUUUUGGAAAGAAUGUUGUGAAGGCUUUCUAUACCGCUGGGAUGCUGUAUGAUGUGAUGCAAACAUUCGGAGAGCUGACGGAAGAAGUCACUCAGAAUAGAAAGUAUGCCAAAUGGAAGGCAUCUUAUAUCCACAAUUGUUUGAAGAACGGUGAAACACCGGUUCCCGGACCAAUGAAAACCGACGAAGACACUGAAUUGGAUAAUGAAUUGAACGCUUUGGAACCAGGGCCAUCUGGGGCAACAGAUGAACCACCGGCUGGUCCGAGCAAUGUACAGCCACAGGCGCCCUACCCGUCGAUGGGAUUUCAAAGCUGGCCGCAACCAGGGCAACAGCCCCCGGCAUAUAUUCCAUCCGGUCCACCAUCAGGACCGACCAAUUUUGUCACCAACGACCCAUUCAGCAAUGUGAAAGCACCAACACCACCAAGUGAACCGGAAAAGCCCCCGGGUGGAUUCCAGGCAUACACAGGCCCUGCAGCAACCAGUGGAGAUGCUCCGACACCGGUGUUGAAUGCUACCGGAGUCCAACUUACUGCCGAUCAGUUGACCAAGGCCCAGAAGUAUUGCAAGUGGGCCGGAAGUGCCCUUAAUUAUGAGGAUGUUAAAACAGCAAUUGAUAACCUACAGAAAGCGCUGCGGUUGUUGCAAACCGGCCAGGAUAGUUAAGUUACAUUGAGGUAUUAUAUUCUACGCUUAUCAGCAUUCAAUGUCAUAUAGAAAUGUAGAAUUGUACACGAAAUGCUUUUUGACUUCAAUAAAGAUUAUUUACUCACUGAA